GGCGCUAGGCGCCGCCCCUGGCCCGGCCGGGCCCGGAGCCAUGAGCCCUGGGCUGCUACUGCUCGGCAGCGCCGUCCUGCUCGCCUUCGGCCUCUGCUGCACCUUCGUGCAUCGCGCUCGCAGCCGCUAUGAGCACAUCCCCGGGCCGCCGCGGCCCAGUUUCCUUCUAGGACAUCUCCCCUACUUCUGGAAAAAGGACGAGGCUUGUGGCCGUGUGCUCCAAGAUCUGUUUUUGGAUUGGGCUAAGAAGUAUGGACCUGUUGUGCGAGUCAAUGUCUUUCACAAAACCUCGGUCAUCGUCACAAGCCCCGAAUCGGUCAAGAAGUUCCUGAUGUCGACGAAGUACAACAAGGAUUCUAAGAUGUACCGUGCAAUCCAGACCGUGUUUGGAGAGAGACUGUUUGGCCAGGGCUUGGUGUCCGAAUGUGACUAUGAGCGUUGGCACAAGCAGCGAAGAGUCAUGGACUUGGCCUUCAGCCGCAGCUCCUUGGUUAGCCUGAUGGAGACAUUCAAUGAGAAGGCCGAGCAGCUGGUGGAGAUUCUGGAGGCCAAGGCAGAUGGACAGACACCCGUGUCCAUGCAGGACAUGCUGACCUGCGCCACCAUCGACAUCCUGGCCAAGGCAGCUUUUGGGAUGGAGACCAGCAUGCUGCUGGGUGCCCAGAAGCCCCUAUCACAGGCAGUGAAGGUCAUGCUGGAGGGCAUCAGCGCAUCCCGCAACACCCUGGCAAAGUUCAUGCCAGGGAAGAGAAAGCAGCUGCGGGAGAUCCGAGAGAGCAUCCGCCUCCUGCGCCAGGUGGGGAAGGACUGGGUGCAGCGCCGCCGCGAGGCCCUGAAGAGGGGCGAGGACGUCCCGGCCGACAUCCUCACGCAGAUUCUCAAAGCUGAAGAGGGAGCCCAGGACGACCAGGUCCUGCUGGAUAACUUUGUUACGUUCUUCAUUGCGGGUCACGAGACCUCUGCCAACCACUUGGCCUUCACGGUGAUGGAGUUGUCUCGCCAGCCUGAGAUUGUGGCAAGACUACAGGCUGAGGUGGAUGAAGUUGUUGGCUCCAAGAGGCACCUGGACUUCGAGGACCUGGGGAGACUGCAAUACCUAUCCCAGGUCCUCAAAGAGUCACUGAGGCUGUACCCACCAGCAUGGGGCACCUUCCGCCUGCUGGAGGAGGAGACCUUGAUUGAUGGGGUCAGAGUCCCUGGCAACACUCCUCUCUUGCAGUUCAGCACUUACGUCAUGGGGCGAAUGGACACCUACUUUGAAGAUCCGCUGACUUUCAACCCUGACCGCUUCAGCCCAGGAGCACCGAAGCCGAGGUUCACCUAUUUCCCCUUCUCCUUGGGCCACCGCUCAUGCAUCGGGCAGCAGUUUGCUCAGAUGGAGGUGAAGGUAGUCAUGGCCAAACUGCUGCAGAGGAUCGAGUUCCGGCUAGUGCCUGGGCAGCGUUUUGGGCUACAGGAGCAGGCCACGCUCAAGCCACUGGACCCUGUGCUGUGCACCCUUCGGCCCCGGGGCUGGCAGCCUGCACCCCCACCCCCACCCUGCUGAGCAUUAGGCAGGAUCAGACUCCUUGGGCCAGGACCUCAUUGGCCCCCAUUGCUGCCCAUGGCCACCCACCUGUGUCUCUGCCCCAUCCUCUGCCACCUUCCAUGUGGGCCUGAGCCCUCACCUGCUUCACACCCUCAGCACUUCCUGUCACCUGCUGGCUUCUCAGUUCUUUCUGGUGGGCCCUGCCUGUCUCCCAGCCACCAAUACCACUAUCUGACCUUCUGCCCUGGCCACAUCCUCAGAAGAGACACCCUAACUCUUGCUCACUCCCUAAAAUCUUCAAGUGACACUUUCCCUAGGAAGCCCUCCUUGCCACCCACGGCUGGGCCAGGGUCCCUCCUCUGUGCUCCCUCGGUCACCUGUGCUACCUCUAACACACACUGACCACACUGUAUUGUGAAUGUCUGCUCAUGUGACCAGCUGCCCUGCCAGGCUGUGAGCUCCACAGGGCAAGGUCUACGUGUGCUUCGCCUCUGAGCCCCCUGUUGCUAACCAGGGUCUGGCACAGAGUUGAUGCCCAAUAAAUGUGUGUUGACUGCA